UUAUUUUCGCGAACUUUUCUUUAGCGCGUAGCUGCCUAUAAACACCUCGACGGAAGCUUAUUUGCUUCACAAAACUGAAAACUCCACCGCGCUCCGCCAUUUCACAGUCAAAUUCCCAAGCCCUAACUCCGUUUCUCUUGGUUGCUUAGGGUUUCUAUCCGCUGCGUAUAGUCAGCAUGAGAACUCGCAAUGCGGACACUCCGAAAUCGGCGGCAGGCAAGAAAACGCCGCCGGCGAGGAAAACUGCCGCUAAAGCACAACCCGCGGCUUCUCAGUUGGACUUAGAAGUGGCCCCUCCUAAAACUGUCGAGACGAAACGCGUCUCUGCUGCUGACAGAGCUAAGCAGGUCAAGAAGACGGAGACUGCACCCCCUACUGCUUCAAACUCUCAAAAAUCAUCAGUUGAGGAGGCUGAGGCAUCAGCUGGUACUGCCAAGGUGACACCAGCCGCUAAAGUUGGUGUAGUGAAGAAAUUAGUUGCGAAAAAAUCGCCUGGGAAAGCUAAUACACCGGCAUCAGCUAAAUCUGUUUCAUCACAUACACGGAAAUCGGGGGGUUCGGUGAAGGCAAAAGUAGAUGCGUUAAACAAGGAGAAAGUGGCAGAUAUCAAGGAUGUGGAGUUCACAAAGAAGAAUCCCAUUUUUGAGAAUGAUGGAAAGUCUGAAAAGGAGGAAAGCCAUGUGGAAUUUGAAGUAUGCACUGUUGAGAAUGUCGGAGAGCCUUCAAGGAAGGAAGAAUCAGCUGUUGGAGGUCAAGAACCAGCUGUUGAGAAUGUUGAACAGCCAACACACAAACAAAGCGCCAAGGAAGUAGAACCAGAUCCUAAUGAAAAUGAAGAGGAUCCUAUUGAGGAAGAGGAUCCUGUUGAGGAGGAGGAUCCUGUUGAGGAGGUGGAUCCUAUCAAGGAAGAUGAUCCAGUUGAGGCAGAAAAGUCUGUUGUUGGGGAGGUUGGAAAGUCUUCUGAGAAUGAACCAUAUUGUGAUGUAAAAGAGGGAGUGGCAGUGAAAGGAGAUCAGGAGGAGCCAAUGGAUAAUGGUGAUGAAGAGGAGACCCGUGUUGAGGCUGAUAACAAGGUAGAAAAUGUCAAAGAGGGGUUACAAGGAGAAGAUAUUGAGGGUGUAAAAGACGUGUAUGAUGGUGAUGAGCAGAUGGACGAGUAUGGUGAGAAAGUGGAUCUUGGAGAACAUGGAGAGGAGGAACUUCCAGAGGAUGAUGCAGAGGAUCCUGCAGAAGAAACUGAGACAUUGGAGGAUAAACAAUUAACAGCCAUUGCAAAUGAGCGCAAGAUGAAGAAAGAACGAGAAAUUUUUCUUGGGGGGCUUGAUCGGGAUGCUGUGGAGGAAGAUGUGAGAAGGGUCUUUGAGAGGAUUGGAGGGAUAGUUGAAGUUAGGUUACACAAGAAUACUUCAACUAAUAAGAACAAGGGUUAUGCAUUUGUGGAGUUCGAAAAUAAGGAGCUUGCAAGGCGUGCUUUGUCUGAAAUGAAAAACCCUGUUAUUCGAGGGAAGCGAUGUGGGACAGCACCGAGUGAGGACAACGACACAUUGUUCUUGGGUAAUAUCUGCAAUACAUGGACAAAGGAAGCUAUUAAACAAAAAUUGAAGGAUUAUGGUGUUGAAGGUGUUGAGAACAUAAAUCUUGUCCCUGAUGUUCAACAUGAUGGGUUGAGCCGAGGUUUUGCAUUUGUUGAAUUCUCUUGUCAUGGUGAUGCUAUGCUUGCAUACAAGAGGCUUCAACAGCCCGAUGCUAUAUUUGGUCACCUUGAAAGAACAGCCAAAGUGGCUUUUGCCGAACCUCUACGUGAGCCUGACCCAGAGAUCAUGUCCCAAGUGAAGUCGGUAUUUGUGGAUGGCCUGCCACCUCAUUGGGAUGAGGACCAGGUUAGGGAGCAAUUUAAAUGCUAUGGAGAAAUCUUACGCAUUGUUCUGGCCCGGAAUAUGUCUACAGCCAAGCGGAAAGAUUUUGGAUUUGUUGAUUUCUCAACCCAUGACUCUGCUGUGGCCUGUGUUGAUGGUAUAAAUAAUAUAGAACUGGCAGAUGGAAACUCAAAGUUAAAAGUGAAAGCAAGACUUUCAAAUCCUUUGCCUAAAACUCAGGCUGUGAAGGGUGGAAUGGCCGGUGGAUUUCGAAUUGGUGGUGAUGGUGGUGGUGGUGGUAGUGGUAUCUUUCCAAGAUUCGGGAGGGGUUUUGGUCGUGGUGGACAUCAUUUCAACCGUGCAAAUUUCCAACGUGACAGACAUUUCUAUCCUGGUGGACAAGGUCUAACUGGCAGUGUGGGUUUCCCAAAUGAAUAUGACUUCGAUUACCCAUAUGAUGAGUUUCAUGGACGAGGGGGAAGAAGGGGCCCUUUCAUGGGUGGUCAUUAUCCAUCUGCUGGAGGUUCAUCAUCAAGACCCUACAUAGAUGGACCCUGGCAUGGUGCCCCUGAUAGAGGCUAUGGUAUGCAUGUUCCUCCUAGAAGGCAUCCAUAUUCUCCAGGACAUUUUGACAGACUGCCAAUGGGGGGUCAUUUUGACAGACCGCCAAUGGGGGGUCAUUUUGAUAGACCGCCAAUGGGGGGUCAUUUUGACAGACCGCCAAUGGGGGGUCAUUUUGAUGAACCUCAUUUUUAUGAUGAUAACACACAAGGAAUAAAACGUCCAUUUCAUAUGAGAGACUAUGAUUAUGAUUACUUGGAGCCUAGUAGACGUCGCCCACGGUUGGAUUAUACUGAUCCAACAGCUUCAUUCCAUGGAAACCAUUAUAGUGAUACCUAUGGAGCUGGCAGUAGUCUCUACUCGCAUGAUUAUUAUGGUCCUGAAUAUCAUUCUGGUCCAUAUUCAUCUUAUUAUGGGAGGAAUCACUCAUAUAGAGGAGGCCACUACUUUUAGACUUGAGAACUUUUUGGUGGCCAUGGAUCUGCACGCAGGAUGUAAUUUAUCAAAGAUGGGCAAGUGGAUUGCUGUUAGAAAGAAGUUGAAUAUUUCUUUCACCUCUCUGUCUUCAUCCUACUUUUCCUCAUUCUCCAUCUAUCUUCUUUACUUGUUAGUUGCCUGUGUAGUUAAAUUUGGGUAGGAUUUCCGAAGUUUUGAUGUUUGUAGUUUAGGUAGUCUUUCAAGGACCCAUGACUUAGAAACUUAGUAAUUGUUUGUAUGGCAGAGGUUGGAAAAGAUUUACUCAUCUUACCCUAGGAAUGGACAACUCGAUGAACUCUGUUAUGGUUCUUUUGAAGCUAAGAUGCUUGUUCAAGCCCUAUCUAUAAAUAACGGCAUGGGCCAUUUGUUUGUUGAUUACAGUUAAUUUUGUGGUUUAGAGAAAUCAAGUUCGGUGAUUUGUUGGAGAUAAAAGGUUUUCAGUUUAGGGUUUUUCCCUUUUCAUGGAGAUGGAAGGGAUAAGAAUAAACAUGCUGAUGGAGAUGAACCUGAAGGUUUUUUUAAUGGAGAGACAAUAUGCAUGUAUUAUGGAGUUCUAUUCGAUCUAAAUGAAAUACUUGCAUGAUUAUAUGCUCAGAGGUUUUUCUAUAUUAGGGUAGGCUUCUAUAUGACAUUCUCGUUUUUUGCUGAUGGGUGAAUGAGGUGGUGGUGUGUAUGAUGAUAUGUGGUCCUUUUUUCUUUAUUGAAAUGUAGCUCGGGUUCUCUACCUGUAUUUGGCAUGGAUAUAGUGCUUCAUGAACAUUGUUGCCAUGUUUCAUCAAACUGUUCUGCCAGAGGUCUAGUAUAACUUAAUGUUCAGUUUAUCUUAGGGAUAGAUGCUGACGCCAUUUGGAAUAAAAAAAUCAAGUAAAUUUGUUUUGGUGUCUAUCUGUGAGGAGCAUAAGUGAUUGAUCAGGUCAAGUAUGCCAUAUGGUGUCUAGUUAUAUUCAAUUUCAUAAAAGAUUUAUUUUGUGGGGGAACCCUGCGAGGAGCACAAGUGAUUUAUCAGGUUAGAGUUCAUUGUUUCUCAGGUGACAACUAGUUAUUGCUGAGUAGUUUUUAAGGUCCAACAAUUGACUCUCUGUGAUUCUCAUCAAGAUAAUUUGGACUUUCAAUGGUUGAAUAUUUUUGUUUUUCUCUGUAGUUCUAAGCUCUCUGUUGGCAAAUGCUGGCCAUUUAUGAUUUUUCUGAAAACUGAGGACAGGAUACUGAAUGUGUGUUAUUUUGGUUCUCCAUUGAAGGUACAUUGUGUUUUGUCAGUCAGGUAGAAGCUCAGGAUGUAAUUCGUUUUAAUGAUCCGAUACCUCUCAGUAGGGCCAUAUAUUUUUAGGAUCAUUGUGAUUGAUUUAGCAAAAUGUCGACCAUUUAUGACAUUUCUGAUAGAGGAGGAAAGGAUCCUGAAUCCACAUUGUCCGCGUCUGUUCGUCAACAAAGGGAUAUUAGGUUAGGAUGUAAUUGGUCUUGACAAACUGAAUACUUAUCGGCAGAGGUUUAUGCUAUGACCGACCAUUGUGAUUGAUUUGCCUUGCUUGUAUUUACAAACCAAGUGUUCGACUGGUCAGCGUUCUUCCUUUUAAAUUAUCUGUUCAUGCUGAAC